AUUUGAGUAAAAAACACCCAUUUGCUACUAACUUUAGCAUUUACAGUAGCUAGGACUCGAACUUUUACUUUGGACUCGAACCGCGGUCAACGAUUUGUUUUGGCAGGCAUUUUGAUUUUGAUUUGUUUUCGUUAGUCGGUCGCGAUUUUGGAACGAAAAUGUAGUUUUUCGAUUCCGUUUUGUAGAAAAAAGUUCUGUCGGAACAACAAGUGCGUCGUUAAUGUGUUUGGUUUGCCGUUCUUGGGAAGAUUCAUCACAGGCCGCUGGAAGACACACUUGCCCGGACAUGUCGAAAAAUUGGGGAUUGAAAUCCUCCGGAGCCGAAGAAAUUGAUUUUUGUGUUGGUUCGAAGAUCCGACACAGUCAGGCGAUGAGUUUUUUGACACCGCUGAAAGCUGCUAUUUUUCAUCCGCCGGAGAUUGUAUGCAUUCGACGCUCCGGAAGAACGUUCAUGAUGCCCAAAGUGAAGGACGAAGGCAAAAGACGCAUUGGAAUAAUUUACAAGAAGUCAGCUUGUUUUGAUCUGAGUGGCUGAGGGAAAACACAAAUUUCAGGAAACAGUCGAACAACUGGAAAUCAAGUUAUGGUAAGCAUUGGUAAAAAUUUUGAAAGUAUAGUAUUUUUUGUAGUUAAUUCCAUCUACUUUUUUAAAUUAUGUUUUAAGUUUGAUGUAAUUGCAAUUCGUAUUUGGAAUUAUUUAU